CGCGCGUGUGUUUGGUGUCUGUGUCUGCGUACGCAUGGCCGCCUGCGCAUGUGUGUUGGCCGUGUAUUUGUGAGUAAUCAAGCCCAGGGAGGAGCCAAAAGGAGGACAGGAGGCCAUCAGCAUUAGAGAGGAGAGGAUGGCGGAGCUGAAAUCCCGCAGCCGGGAGAGCGUGAACAAGGUGACGGAGGAGAAAAUGGAGGGCCCAACAGAGGCAGAGGAGAGCACUGUGGCUGAGGACCAGCCCAUGCAGGAGAAGCAGUCGGCCGCCUCAUCCCCCACUAAAGACGGCGCAAAAGGGGGCAAGAUCGAGCUGAAGCGGAGCAUCACGCUCUUCAACGGCGUGGGCAUGAUCAUCGGCACUAUCAUCGGCUCGGGCAUCUUCGUGUCCCCCACGGGCGUGGUGAAGGAGGUGGGCUCCACGGGCCUCUCGCUCAUCAUCUGGAGCGUGUGCGGCGUGGUCUCCACCAUGGGGGCGCUGUGCUAUGCCGAGCUGGGCACCACCAUCACCAAGUCGGGAGGGGACUACACCUACAUCCUGGAGGUGUACGGAGAGCUGGCUGCCUUCCUGAAGCUCUGGAUCGAGAUGCUCAUCAUACGGCCGUCCUCGCAGUACGUGGUGUCCCUGGUGUUCGCCAAGUACCUGCUCAAGCCCAUCUUCCCAGACUGCCCUGUGCCUGACUCGGCGGCCAAGCUCAUUGCCUGCCUCUGUCUAACUUCACUGACCUUUGUGAAUUGCAUCAGUGUGAAAGCCGCCACCAAAGUCCAGGACAUGUUCACAGCAUCCAAGCUGCUCGCCCUCACAAUCAUCAUUCUAUUUGGUUUCAUCCAGAUUGGCACAGGUGACGUCCCCUACCUUACUCCAGAGCUGGCUUUUGAGGGCAGCAAGAUGGGUGUGGACAACAUAGUGCUGGGGCUGUACAGUGGCCUGUUUGCCUAUGGAGGAUGGAAUUAUCUGAACUACGUCACAGAGGAAAUGAUCAAUCCAGAGAGGAACCUUCCUCUCUCCAUCAUCAUCAGCAUGCCCAUCGUGACUAUCGUGUAUGUGUUGACAAAUAUGGCGUACUUCACCACCAUCCCUCCACAGGUCAUGGUGGAGUCUGAAGCUGUUGCCGUGUCGUUCGGGGAGUUCCAUUUGGGUGUCAUGUCUUGGCUGAUACCAGUCUUUGUGGGGCUGUCCUGUUUUGGUGCAGUCAACGGCAGUCUGUUCACCUCAGCCAGGCUCUUUUACGCCGGCGCUCGUGAAGGACAGCUGCCUGCCGCUCUGGGAUUGGUGCACACUGACCUCUUCACUCCAGUGCCCUCCCUCAUCUUCACCUGCUGCUUGUCCAUGUUCUACGCGCUGUCUAAGGACAUCUUCUCCGUCAUCAACCUCUUCAGCUUCUUCACGUGGCUGUGUGUCGGCAUGGCCAUCGCAGGCAUGCUGUGGCUGCGCUGGACCAAACCUGACCUCCGCAGACCCAUCAAGGUCCCGCUGGUGGUCCCUGUAUUGUUUGUGCUGGGCUGUGCCUUCAUGGUGGUGGUGUCGUUCUGGGCCGCCCCGUUCGAGUGCUUGGUGGGCGCUGGCAUCAUCCUCACGGGCAUCCCUUUCUACCUGCUCGGGUACAAGUGGGAGAAGCCACGUGUGGUGCAGAAGGUCCUCGAAAUAUUCACUCUGUUCUGCCAGAAGAUUUUCAUGUCUGUGCCUGAGGAGCGGGAUACAUCAGAGUGAACCCCCCAACCAGAGCUCAGGACGUGGCGGGGGGGGCGUAGGGCGCAAAGAUGUUGCACUCUUACCCCGCUCAUUUCCAUAUUACGUGUCCAAGUCAAAGAGAAGUGGCGUUGUAUUUGUCUCUGUGGUUUCAGGUGAAUCUGUUUUUCUUCCUUCUGUUGUCCUCUAUCCACUUUUUGUCCUUAAGUAAACAAAGAUGUCUAAGUAUUUGAAGUCACCGCUCAACACGAUACAGCGGACACGUCCGAGACAAAAGGCCUUCCGCCACUCUUUAAGUAGACGUCUCUACGCUUUGUAAUGUUUAAAUCAGACGUUUCUACGGUUUGUAAUGUUUGAAAAAAAAUGGAUCUCAAGUGUGACUCAUGCUCAGUAUCGAUCGGAGUGCAGCCCCCCAAAGCUCUUAACAGUAUAAAACCCCCCUCACCACCCCAACGUACUCUUUACACUUUCACCUUUAACCCUUCACCUGUGCUGCACAAAAUGAGCCUCGAGCUGUAGCUAGUCACAUUGUGGAGCACUCAGGUCUAGUGACUGUAGAGACAUAAUGUCUGCUGCUAUGGGGCUACUGUUGAUGCAGCCGCGUUUGCAUUCAGAGCCAAAAUGCCAGGCCAGUCCUUCUCUGUGGGCUAAGACUAUGCCUCUAUUGUAAAUGUUAUUGUGCAUAAAAUGUUACUCUUGUGCACGACGUCUGUUUUUACAGCCGAAAAGCUGAUCGUUGAACAGUUGCCUGUUCAGGUGGAGAGACAGAAAUGCACAGGGUAUUUUCCACGUUCAAUCCACCCCAAUCCAAUGAGCCUCUGCCCCCGAUCUCUCCCCUGCUUUCCCCGGUUUUCCCCCAAUAAUUCCAAAUUACGUAAAAAAAAUGACCUACAUUUUUCUGGGGAAAGGAGCUCACCAAAUUCUCCACUAGAUAAAAACACUAAGCUUGUCAAGGUGCUUUGUUAGUUAUUAAUCUCAUGCUUUCUUGCUCUUGGUCCCGUGGCUAUUGUCAGACUAACAUGUUGUGUUGCUCUAAUCCAGUUUAUUGUUUUGUAAAAAAAAAAAAAAAUCAUACUGUGAAAGAUUUCAUUCACUUGCCAUUCGUCUGCUCAUGCUUGUUAUUUUGCUUAAAACAGAAACUUCUUGAAGAAGAUUUUGAGGUCUCCUUACUGAGAUUAGUCAUUUGUUUUGUUUUCUUGUUUUUUUGUUUGUUUGGUUUUUUCUUUGUUUUGUUUUGUUUCUGUCUUUCCAAAGCACCAGCUUAAAUGUAAUAUAAUGACUGCACUAAGCACAAACUGCACAGAACACAACUGGUCAUAUAUUCAUGACAGAAUAGCUGUUUUUGUUACAGUUUCACCUUUUACAGUUACUUUCAUUUCCUUUGGAGCCUAAUGAAGCAUCUCUACUGUACUAACUACUGAACUCUACUCUGUCAGUUUCCAUACCUGUUUACAAAUGUGAUAUACCUGCCUCUUCCCACGGGGGGCGCUGUCCCCUAAUGUUUAAAACGUCUUGCAGGGGAGAUACAGUGAAACCCUGUUGGUGGUGUGAGUAGACGGGCCUCUUUUACAAGGAUAAUCAGAAUAGUAGUGGCAUGAGCACAGCUGCGGAGGGGAGUGAAGAAGCACAAGAAUGGUUUGGACAGGAGAGGGCAACAGCUCUGUGCCCGUGUCUCAGAAAACUUUUUUUUGUCCAAAACGAGAUUUUUUGUUUUGUUUUGUUUUUGUCAAUAUGUAUACUAUGGUUAAGUCAUUAUAUGAAUGACACUUUCUUGGUCAUAUGGUCUUGCUGACCAAUCUUUUUUCUACCUUUUUUGUAACCUCCAACAUGAGGAAAAUCUACCAGUGAUAUAGUUUGUAUGUACAGUAUACAAAGACAUGGUGCAGUAAGACACUUGUUAUUAUUCUAAGUUGCUCUGUCAAACAGACCCAUUGUGAAUAUUACGUGUGCGUCCAUUUUCUACAUUGAGAGUAUUUUGCUUUUAUAUUUUUUACGAGUCAUUUUUAGUCAUUAGCUGUAUGUGUAGGUUGUUUGAUCUUUUUAGACAUCAAAGCUGGAGCCAGUGUGCAGGUCGUAGUGCUGCGUUGUCAUUGAACUGCACUUAGUAUGGAGAAUAUAUGAGGAGGUUGAAAACGCAACGCACAACAUUGUACUGAGGGUGAAGGACACCUCGUCCAACCUGUGAUUGUAAUGUUUGUAUUACUUGCUGAAUGUUGCUGUAUUGUGACAUGAAAUUAAAAUCUCUCCUUUCAACUUCUUUCAAUCAGUCUGAAUGUCAGUCUUGACAAGAGAAAUUCAAUUAAAGAAAAAAUA